AUGCCAGAGCUCAGGCCCCCACACCUUAUCUUUAUCAUGGUUGAUGACCAGGGGUACGGGGACAUUGGCUAUCAUGGCUCUGACAUUCACACCCCUGUGUUGGAUCAGUUAGCAGCAGAGGGGGUCAAACUGGAAAAUUAUUACGUCCAGCCCAUCUGCUCACCCUCUCGCAGUCAACUUAUGACGGGACGCUACCAAAUUCACACUGGCCUCCAGCAUUCAAUCAUCCGUCCUCGACAGCCCCUCUGCCUGCCACCAGACACUCCCACCCUGCCAGAGAGGCUAUUGGAAGCUGGGUACGCCACCCACAUGGUGGGCAAGUGGCACCUGGGCUUCUGUAGGCCGGGCUGUUUACCAACAGGGCGUGGCUUCCAGAGUUUCCUGGGCACACUGACUGGCAGUGGAGACCACUUCUCCUACCAGAGCUGUGAUGGGGUUGAAGCUUGUGGGUUUGACCUGCAUGACGGAGCCAGGCCUGCCUGGGAAAUGGCUGGCAACUACUCCACUCUGCUCUACAUAGACAGAGUGAAGCAGAUCCUGAGGAGCCACAAUUCCCAUCAACCGCUCUUCCUGUACCUAUCCCUCCAGGCCGUCCACACACCCCUGCAGGUGCCUGACCACUUUCUGCAACGCUACGAUUCUCUAGACAACCGUCUGAGGAGGCACUAUGCAGCCAUGCUGAGCUGCCUGGACCACGGGGUCGGGGAAGUGGUCCAGGAGUUGGAGAGGAGUGGGCUCUACCAGAACUCAGUCCUGAUCUACUCAUCUGAUAACGGGGGGCAGCCGCUCUCUGGUGGGAGCAACUGGCCACUGAGGGGUGGCAAGGGGACCUACUGGGAAGGGGGUGUCCGGGCUGUGGGCUUUGUCCAUAGUCCCCUCCUGAAGAGGAAGGGUGUCGUCAGCAGGGCACUGAUCCAUGUCUCUGACUGGUAUCCCACUCUUCUGGGACUGGCAGGGUCAAUACAAUCCCCCCGCAGCCUAGAUGGCCAUGAUGUCUGGGAAGCCAUCAGCGAGGGCAGACCUUGCCCCCGCACUGAAAUCCUCUUCAACAUUGACCCAGUGUCCAGGCAGCCUGGGGAGCCUCAUGACAGGGCGCUGGUGCUCAAUGGCUUUGGGAUUUGGGACACUGCAGUGAGGGCAGCCAUAAGAGCUGGGGACUGGAAGCUCUUGACAGGGAACGUGGGUGACGGGGACUGGAUCCCACCACAGACUCAGCCCUUCGGUCCGGAGCGAUGGCAGGGACUAGAGAAAAGGCGCAAUCAGCGGGGGAAGUCAGUCUGGCUCUUCAAUGUCACCUCUGACCCCUACGAGAGGUCAGACCUGGCAGAUGCACGGCCAGAGGUAGUGAAACAUCUGCUAACCAGACUGGCAGAGUACAACCAGACAGCUGUGGUGGCCAGGAACCCACCAGAUGACCCCAUGGCUGACCCCCAACUCCAUGGUGGGGUGUGGAGCCCAUGGCUGGGCUUGGAGGGUGAGGUGGAGGAUGGUGGGGAUGAGGAUGGCAGGAAGGAAAAGAAGAUGAAGAUGAGGCACUGCAAGGUGUGCAAAUUGAAAGCACUCUUCAAAAAGGUUGGCUCACGUCUGCAGAGGAAUGCCCUAUUCUUCUAA